AUCCCAAAUCCCAUAUCUGUUUGUUUCCCGAGAAAAUGAAGUUUCUUCAUCUUCUGACUUGCCUGCUCCUACUCUCCUUCUUCGUCGACCUCUCCAUGGCUGCCUCAGGUGAAGGUAGUUUCUGCAACUGGAAAUGCAAAGAAAGAUGCGCAAAAGCUGGAGUCCAGGAUCGGUGCAUCAAAUACUGCGGGAUCUGCUGCGAGAAGUGCCACUGCGUGCCAUCAGGGACCUACGGGAAUAAGCACGAGUGCCCUUGCUAUGCCCAAAUGAAAAACUCCAAGCGCAAGCCCAAGUGCCCUUAACCCUUCAUUAAGAAUUGUAUUUUUCAGAAGGAUUGUGUUCACGUGCAGUGUACAAUGUGGCAACCGUACUUUACUUUUAUGCCACAUCCCACCUGAUCCGUCAGACUAUCAAUAUUAUUUGGAAUCAUGUUGGUAUUAA